AUGACUACUAUUUCAAGAUUCAGCCAGAAGUCCAUAAGUGAUCUUGCAACUCUCAAGCAGAGUAAAGAUGAGCCUGCUCAAGACUUCAUAACUAGGUUCAGAAUGAAAUGCUGGAUUCCUAUGGAAGAAAGACACUUUAUUCAAAUAGCUCAAACUGCCCUCAAGAUUUCUCUAAGAAAGAGAUUUGAUGAGAUUCUAUUCGGAGACUUGGCAAAACUGGCAGACAAGGCAUCUAAAUAUGAGGAACUGCUUAGGGAAGAACAACAAAAGAGAAACUCCUCAAAAGGCACAUAUUACAAGACACCAUCUUCCUCAGUACAUUUGGUUGAAGUCGAGACAGAAGAAGGCAUAGAAAGUUUUCGAAAGAAAGGGAAGUUGCAAUGGCAGAAAUGGCAAAAUUAA